CACGGAGGGCUCCGCCGCCGACAUGGCAACGGCCUAGCCCGCCAGACGUGGGGCACGACGGGAAGCGGGGACAUGCUCCGCCCCGGACGCUGUGGCGCAGGCGCAUGUGGGGUGCUGUGGCAAUGGCAGUGGCUAGGCUCUGCGGAAUUAGGACUAAGACCUGCAUGGCACCAGCUUUUGGGAGAUGUCUACAAAAGGAGCUCUGGACGAAGUCAUGGAAAAAGGAGGAUGCGCACCUGCCCUGGUUCUGUGGUCCAUGGGCACGUUUGCAGUCACAAAACCAGCACAUUAAUGGAGUUAAUAAUUAUCCUGGGAGACAGCGAGAGCCGUCUGCCUGUCUGUGCCACUUGCCCCCCACUGCUGUGGUCAGGCAAAAGGCAGCAGAUGGGAAAGCAGAAGAGUUCAAGCUCGUGUACAGGUUCCCAGGGAUUAAGUACUGCCGGAUGCUGUCCCGACUGAAGCUGCUGCAGACCGGCACCACCCUGCUCAUGCUGCCGCCUGUCUGCUACCUCUACCUGCAAGACCAGGUUUCUCAGGGUAUCUUCUUGUAUACAGCUAGCAUCGCAUUCUUUGCUGGUGCAAUGCUGUAUGGUAUGAGCUACUUUUUCAGACGAAUUAUUGGAUUAAUGUACUUAAGUGAAACUGGCCGUACGGUUAAAGUGGCCCACUUGACGUUUUGGGGAAGACGGAAUGACAUUUACUGUCCCCUAGAGACAGUGAUACCUCUGGAUGAAGUUGGAGAUAGCAAAGGGGAGCUGCUUCUCCAGUUCAAACGCUAUAACAGUACAGACGUUUUAUAUUUUACACUUAGGUUUGGCCAGAUUGUAGACAGACAGAAGUUUAUGCAAAUAUUUGGAGAACCUGAGUGAUACAGCAACUAAUUUCCAGUGAUUUUCCUUGUUGCAUGUUCAUUGUGCUUAUUCUUCUGUGAAGUUUAACUACCAAAGUGACAUCUGUCAUUUUCCUAUGCAAAGCUAGCUGGUAAGUGCACUCGGUGUAGAAAGUAGCAAUGAUAAAGAGCAAUCCACUGGAUUAAGUGGCUUUGUAGCUUGUUUAAGGUAUGAGCAGUGUCUCUUCCAUGUCAGAUAGUGACGUGCCUGGUGCACUGUCACCAGCAGUUCAGUCUAAAGUGCCCUACUUGGAAGGUGCAGUGGGAGGCUGUAUUAAUUACUACUGCUGACCCCAGCUGUUCCCGCUGGCCUCUGAAACAGGGAAAACUCUUGAAGUGCCACCAGGACAGCCUCAAUUAGUUGUCUCUUUCAGCACAUUCCAGUUUGUCUAGGAAGCCUCUUGAAAUUAAAACUCCUAUGUACAUACAUUCAACAGUGCUGGAUGUCAGCGAGCUACGUGCUCAUGCAUUAAUGAAAUUGGGGUGACUGGGAGGAGCAGCAUACAAUGCUGGAUGCAAUGUGUAGGGUCCCUUGGCAAGGUCUUCCAGGACAUGAACAUAAUGGGGCAAAACAUGUUGCAAGACACAUGGACAAUUCAGGUGUAAGGGUGAGGUACUGAUUGGGGUGGUAUUUCAGGGGCUUCUCAUAGAAACAAAGGGAAAACAUACCUAAACUGUAAACUGUGAUGCUGUGGAUUACAAGGACAGCCUGAGAGCCUUUAUUCACUUUGGAUCCUCAUGAUCAUCUGAAAAUUUGACUGACCUGCUUUGCACAUACUCAUGUUUGUGUUUGUUUUGUGACUAACAUUUAAUCAGUGCUGUAACAAGAGUUGCAAAAACUUCAGUAAAUGUUACCAAAAUUA